GUUGUGUUGGUUGUUGACUUAUUGACUGUUUCUGUGAAAGUGCUUAGUAGCGUUAAAAAUGUUUUUUUCUAUUUUGUGACAAUAUAUGCAAUUAAACAAAUAAAUACUAUCAAUAUUCUAUAUCAUCUCAGUACUGAAACUAUUACUAACAUAAUUUACCGACGAAUUUUUUUAAAUAUACAUUUUAUAAGCAGUACGACCACAACAACCGCGCUUUCAAGACAAAAGUUAAUAAUUUUAACCGUUGAAUGCUAAAAAUGUCAAAUAUGAAGAGCAUUACGAAUGCCGCACGAACAGUACAAAAGAGACCUUUCAGGGUUUCUAUAGAAGGCAACAUCGGCUCUGGGAAGUCAACGUGCAUCAAGUUCUUUGAUAAAUAUCCCAACGUUGAGAAACAUGGGGAACCUCUAGAUGAUUGGCGCAAUGUCAGAGGUCACAACCUUCUUGGACUGCUCUACAGUGACUUAAACAAGUGGAGCUUUGCUUUCCAACACUAUGUGCAUCUGAGUCGUCUAAAAAUACAAACCAGCCAGCCUUGUAACCCGAACAUCACUGUUAAAAUGUUUGAAAGAUCAGUACAAAACAGCAGACAUUGUUUUGUGGAGAAUGCCAAGAAGCAAAACUUUUUGGAGGAUCCUGAGUACCAGACACUGUCAGCUUGGUUUGAGUACUCUGAGAAACAUCUUGAUAUUAAUUUAGAUCUCAUAGUUUAUCUAAGGACAACUCCUGAGACGGUUUAUGAAAGGAUGCUGAAACGUGGUAGAGCUGAGGAAUCUGAAGUACCUUUAGAUUAUUUGAAACAGGUCCAUGAAUCAUAUGAAAACUGGCUGAAUUCACCAGACGUAGGGUGCGAAGUGCUGACAAUUGAUGCAGAUCGAGGCCUUGCCUGCGUAAAAGAGGAUCUUGAAAGAUACUCUUACAAGAUACUUGGUGGUAAUCACACCAAUUAAGUUAUUUAUUUUAGGUUCCUUAUUUUUUAUGUAGUAUUAUUCCUUAUGCGGGUCUUAAAAUACUGACAUUUUUAGUCAUAAUGUACAAAUAAUAUUAUUUUAAAUCAUAUUCAUAUUUUUUAUAACCAAAGUUAUCAUAAGUGAUAACUAUGUAAUCUUUUCAUACAAAUAGUGACUUGAAUUAUUUUCAUUAAUAUUAUUUAACUUAUAAUGGACUUCAAUUUGCAAUUGAUUCAAUAGUUAUUUAUUUAUACUAUAAGGUUGAAUUUUGUUUGCAACCUUAAUGAAAUCAGAGUAUUUAAAACUUUUUAUUUUCGUUUCAAAAGCUGGCUUUUGCAAUAAUCUUGUUAGAUGAAUUACUUAUCUAUAGGUACAAAUGACUGAUAUAAUAAGGGUUUUUUAUUUAAAUUAUUACUUUUAAUUUAGAUCAAAUAUGUGCGACGUAUUUUCUUGAAAUAAAACAAUGAUUAACUGA